AGCGUAUUCGCUGGUUGGUAAUUCGCCAAGGCGCUCACUGCAACCCAUUUUUUGACAACAACCUGUAAACAAUAUCGGUCCCCAAAAGUUCCUGCAACCUAUUUCGUCAUUAGAGCCUGGUCCCGUGAGCGGACGUUGGAUACAAGAAGCUGGCAGUGUCUCAGAAAUGGGAGUUGUUUCCUGCUGUCGCACCCUGCUUUGCGCAAUACGUUUGCCGCCAGUAUGCUGUUGACUGAAGCUCAUCUUGAGACUCCGCAGGCCUUUGGCGCCGCGUUCCUCCUUGGAGUGCUCGUGCAUGUCUUUGUUCUACGUAAAGGAGAAUGGGACCUCUGGACCGUCAAGCUCAUAAAGGCAUGGGCAACGUAUGAGGUCACUGUCUCAUUGUUUCUCACCCAACUCUACUCAUUCUCAGUCUGGCAAGCUCUAUCAGUCACCAAUAAAUGGUUUGCAUCAUUUGCUACGGGGCUCUCAAUCAGUAUCCUGGUGUACCGAGCAUUCUUUCACCGACUGAACCGCUUCCCCGGUCCUUUUCUCGCACGCCUCUCAGCUUUCUAUCCUACUUAUCUUGCGGUUGAUGAAGAGCAUAUGUAUCUCGAAGUCCAGAAACUUCAUGAGAAGUACGGAGAUAUUGUGAGAAUUGGGCCCACUGAGAUCUCAAUCGCAACACCAAGUUCGUUCCGUGUCAUUCACGCUACCGCGUCACCAGUGACUAAAGCGCCUUUCUAUGGUAUUUCUCAUCCGUGGACAAAUCUCCUCGCCGAGCGACGCAAAAGACAACAUGCGAACCGUCGCAAAGCCUGGGACCGGGCGUUCACCACAAAAGCACUUAAAGACUACGAACACCGAGUCCUCAAGUACACUAAACUUCUCACCGAUCGCAUCGACGAUAUGAAAGGCAAACCUUUCAACGUAUCUUUAUGGGUCAACUUCUACACUUUCGACAUCAUGGGUGAUCUAGCCUUUGGAAAGAGUUUCAAUAUGCUUGAAAAUGGCGUAGAACACAAGUUCUUUACAGAAUCCCACAAGUCACAAGGUCUUUUGGGCGCGUUUCGACGACUCAUUUGGUUCUUCCCUCUUGUUACCGCGAUCCCAAUCGUAAAUAGUUCCUAUCUAUCCUUCCAGGCUUUCAUCAGGGACCAAGUUGAGACCCGACGAAAGGAUAAACCGGAGGAACCAGAUGUGUUCACCUGCAUUCUGGAGGAUUACGAUGCGAUUGAGAAACCAACAGAGCAAGAUUACAAUAACCUUUGCGGCGACGCUCAUCUGAUUGUCAUCGCGGGCAGUGACACCACUUCCUCGUCCACGACUUGUCUCCUGCACAAUCUUGCGUUACACCCUGAUGUGCUAGCUAAACUCCAAGCCGAGAUUGACGAUUACAAGAUUACGCAUGAGGAAUCUGACCUAAUCUCGCUAGGCAAGCUACAGUAUCUACAAGCUUGUAUCGACGAGUCUCUUCGUCUCUAUCCGGUUGUCCCGUCAGGCCUUCCAAGGAUGACACCACCGGAAGGAAUGGAAAUUGAUGGUGUUUACAUACCUGGGGAUACCAUUUUACAUAACCCUUCUUACACUAUGUAUAGAGAUGAGCGCUGCUUCGAGAAGCCGAAUGAGUUUAUUCCAGAGCGAUGGACUACUAAGCCCGAGCUGAUCAAGGAUGCUUCUGUCUAUGCACCAUUUUCAACUGGCCGUGGCGUUUGUGCUGGAAAGCAACUUGGCCUUAUGGAGAUGCGUUACGUUCUCAUGGAUAUUCUGUCACGAUAUGAUAUUGGUUUUGCACCAGGUACUAGUCCACAGGCUUUCAUCGAUGGUUUGAGGGAUUGUUAUACUUUGGAACUGCCGAGGUUGGAUAUGGUAUUCACUCCAAGGGCCAGUGAAAACGGCAAAGCAUAGAUUAUUUGUUAGUUGACGAUUUUGCAAGAGAUUGAGGAGGAGAGGGUGUUUGAAGGGUAGAUUGUCAACUCCAGACAACGUACUACUCGUGUAGGACCCGAUGCAGUACCUGACUAAUCAGAAACUCAUAUCAUUAAUCAUCUUUAUUCUUCUUCACAGACGACUCAUUACACAGCGCUGCACGCUUCCUCCAGCGACUAAUGUCAAAAUCAGGGUAAGGAUAAGCUGUAAUGUUGAUCAGCUGUUCCAAAG